CUUUUUGUCCCUUGAGCUCACAUACAUUAACAUAUCUGUAUAUCUUUUCUUUUGUCAACUUGAUUGACAAUUCAUCGGCUCCUUAUCUAUUUGUAUAUCGACCCUAUUUGUAAAAAAGUACAGAAUGACUUAUUUGAAAUCUAAUACCAUAAAACAAGAAGACCCAGACGACGUUUUCAUGGCUUAUUUGAAUGCUGACUAUUUUGAUGCAGAAACGCCGUUAUCUCCACCUUCUUCCACCUCUUCUGGUUCCUCCUCGCCGUACAGCUCUUCCACAGCCUCUCCAGUAAAGCAUGAUGCUGACGAGUUUAUGAUGGACAAGAAUUCAACUGAUUUCGAUAUUCAUGAUAUUGACGAUUCUGCUACUUCUUGGGACGAUUUGACAGCUGUUCCUAACAGUCUUUUUAUCAAUUCAUGUUUGACUCCACCCUCCCCAUCCAUACCAAUGCCAGCUAAUGGAGCGGGUACCUCUGGACCUACGACAACCACUAUGACGGCCGAUCUUCUGAAUGGUUUUCCAUUACUCUUACCUCCCGUCAAUCCAUUCAUAACACCCUUCGUUACUACAGAAACUACUGUCGAUCAUUCUGUUGCCAGUAACAGCAACAAUACCAGCCAUACUAUGCAGCAAUAUAUUUCUCCCCCGCUAUCUACUGUACCAAGCAAUCUUACAUUCAUACCACAACCAUCAAACCAUGGCCAACAGCCGCAGCAGCAAGAACAGCAGCAAGGCCGUAAAAACAGUAGCAGUUCAGAAACGGAGCAGCCGAAAAAGAAACGAGGCCGAAGGAAACGAGAGCCUGUUAAUCACCAUCAACAUCAACCCUAUUCUGUACCACCUACUCUAUUAGCACCUAAACCACUUGCUCCUAGAUUCAAUACAACAGAGUUCGAUCCCCGAAGUCAACAGAAAUUUUCAUCAACAAGUCCUCCCCCUUCAUCAACGACCACCUCAACAAUAGACAAUGGUGUCAAAUCUGAAACACAGCCGGCUCUAUUAUCUCCUUCGCCUAGCGCUUUAUCAACAACAAGCCUUCAUAGUCAUACCACAAAAAAUUUGGAAACAUCCAAUACCAUCAUUGCUACCGGUACUACUGCUACUAAUAAUAGUAACGGGCAGCAACAGCAACAAUUAAGCCAAGAAGCGAGUCGCCAAGCUCAAAUUAAAAAAAGACAAGAGCGUUUGAUCAAGAACCGUGCAGCUGCAUUAUUAUCGCGUAAAAGAAAACGUGAGCACCUCAACUCAUUGGAAGAAGAUAAACAACGAUUGACAAGAGAAAACGAACAGCUAACGCAGAAGGUGCAAUCCUUGGAAACUCAACUGCGUUCUCUUGAGGAAGAGAAUCAAAACCUGAAAAUGAAAUUAAAGAUGCAUGAAGAGGGCGAUAAUAAUCAGCAAACUGUGAUUCAGAUGUCUUCUCAAUCUUCCUCUUCAACAACCAAUAACAAGUCAUUGUCAGACACGAAUCCUUGUUCCCAGCAUCAACAGCAGAAACCCACAAGAAGCACUGGCGUCAUGUUCAUGGUAAAGAGCAUUUAUUUACAUGCAUAACGAACACCCUUACAUCGAAGAUAUACUAACUUUUUUGCAUUUUUGCCAGUUAAUGCUCUUCUCUUUUGCUUUGUUUACCCUACCAACACAAAACUCAAAAUCAAACUAUUUAACAGUGGGCGGUUCCGAUUACUUUGCUGCUACCGGGAAAUCACAGUAUCCCACGAUAGGCUCCAGUUCUUUCAACAAUCCUGAUAAGCUUUUAGAUGAUGGCUUGAACGGAUUCUAUUCAAAUUAUUACCAUCCUGCUGCCCAUGAUCAACAUGCUUCCACUGAUCUCGUUCUUUUAGAUUCUGUGCGACCUAAUGAACUUCAAAUGUGGAUCAACGAUAAAUUAAAUGCAUAUCCUCAACAAAAAGAAACCGCUGUUGUAAAGGCCAGUAA